CUGAGUUUCGCGGGAGGGCUCUUGAGCGCGUAAACCGUAUCCCUUCAUUCAUCAGGCCGUUUCCUGAAGCCAUUUCUAGACGGCAGAUACGAGAGUUGCGCUACUUUUAAAUCCGUUGCAUCUGCCUAAAUGCACUUUCUUAAUGAAAAAUACCUUUUAAAAGCCGAUCAUUCAGACUUUAAUCUUCACUUCAGUCUGAUUAUUUUUGUAGUCACGACGACGGAUUAGCAGCCACGAAGCCUCGAAAGUUCAGAGACAAGAAAGGGGUUACCCCGAGAACGCAAGAUGAGAAGAGGGAUCUCCUCGGCUCCGGACAAAGUGAUUUUAGCGGGCGUCGGGGGCUCUUCUCUGGACAAUAACAUCAUUUUAACAGCCCUCUCGGAUCGUUUAAACCCCGGUCAAUCCAGUACUACGUAUAUUCAGAUAAUAACCACACCACCGCCUUGUAACGUUACACAGACAUCAAAUGUGUGUUUAUCCGAGCCUCAGCUCAGUAACAUUUACUCAACUCCCCAACAAGCUGCAGCAAACGGAACAGGACAGCGACCCGCUCUGGGAAGACCUCCGGCAAAAAGGCGGUUGGCUCUUGAUGAUUCGGACCACCAGUACCAGCCAGAACCAGCCAAAACUCCACGAGGAAGAGGAGCAGCAGCCAACGGGACACGGAUAAAGACGCCAAGAACACCCAAGUCUCCCCCUGAGAAGACACGAUACGACACCUCCCUGGGGCUGCUAACGAAGAAGUUCGUGGAUCUUCUUGCUCAGUCUUCUGAUGGAGUUCUGGACCUCAACAUUGCAGCAGAAACUUUACAGGUCCAAAAAAGGCGUCUGUAUGACAUCACCAAUGUGCUAGAAGGCAUUCAUCUCAUCAAGAAGAAAUCUAAGAACAACAUUCAGUGGAUGGGCUGCAGUCUGCUGGAGGUGGAGGGGGCUCUGGGCCAAAGACAAGAGCUGACGGCGGAAGUUUCUGCUCUGGGUGAAGAAGAGCAGCGGCUGGAGCAGCUCAUCCAGAGAUGCAGCCUCGACAUGAGACACAUGAGCGACCUGCCCUGCAACCAGAAGUAUGCUUAUAUAACAUAUCAAGACAUCAAACAGGUGGAGAGCCUCAGAGACCAGACUGUUAUCGUGGUCAAAGCACCCACAGACACCAAACUGGAAGUACCAGAUCCUGACGAGAGUUUAUCCAUUCACCUAACCAGCACCAAGGGCCCAAUAGAAGUUCUGCUGUGCCCGGAUGAGACGGACAUGAGAAGUCCCAUAAAGAACGGCAGCACGGACAUCAACGGGAACUCGCCUUUCCUCAAAGUGAUUCAAGAUUCCAGCUGCACAUCCUCACCUCUCAGCUCCUUCCUGUCUCCACCCGCCAUCACCACGGCCGUCUCUGUCACCACUCUGUCCCCGAUCUCAUCUACUUACACCAGUCUGCUCCAGCAGACAGAAGACCAGAUGCAGUCGUCCCAGGGGCCUUUCCUAAACCUCGUACCUCCCAUUCUGGAUGACGACUACCUUUUAGGUUUGGGAGACGACCAGGGAAUUAGUGACCUGUUUGACGCCUGUGACUUUGAUAAAAUUCCCUCGCUGGGUCUAGACGAUCUGUUGUGCAGCUAGCACUAGCUACAAAAAACAAACACAAAAAAAGAAAACUGAUGAGGGCGAAACACUGAGGGCUGUUCUUUCUCACAGAGGGUCUGACUCCAUGUUUGUCGUGGUUUGGAUGAUUAAUGGACCUCGGUGGGAAGUCAUCUUUUGUUUGUCAGUGGAUAGUUUAUUUUUUAACAGCUGGUGUGAAGAAGUGCAAGGUCCCACUUCACCUGGCAUUAUCACCCCUGGUAUCACCUGGUAGGCUGGGUCUAGUUAAGCUGCUUAAAUCCAAUCGACGAACCACAAAAGGAAGGUCGAUUUCAGCGGAUCAAAGUUCUCGGUGAUGUGUCUAGUAACCAGAUGCAACGAGUUAUCUAGGAUGCACUUAAUGCUUAAGUGCCAAGUGUUGUGGGGAGGACAUCUGAUGAGGUUUUAAUGUUUGGUUAUGUUUGUUUACACCCGUGAUGCGGUUGCCCACUUUGUGUGCAAACGAAGAACAAUUUAAAAGUGUAAGACCAUGAAAAGAAAAGGGUCGUUGUAGGUGGACGGCAUUUGGGACGGCAGGUGAACAAGCUUUAGGUGAAUGUUUGUUGAGAGUGUUCAACAGGGCAGUGUCCAAUAGAGACCAAGUGGGACACUGCAGAUUUUAACUGUGCAAUGGUCUAAAUAAACAUGAAGAUAAUAAUGAAAUGAAAAGCCAUAACCAGUCAGUAAGAAGAGGUUUUACAGGAAUCACCCCUUUACACCAUUUUUCAUCACAUCCAAAUUCCCAGUCAUCACUUUUAUAAAACUACAAAUAAAAAAAAAUCAACACAAAUUUCAAAAAUACCAAAUAACAAAAAAAAAAACAUGUUAUUCAGACUUCAUGCAGCCAAUCCUGUGUGUGUUUUGAGUCCGUAAGUUCUUAAGAAUUCCAAUAAAAAGGUCUGAAAUGGAAGCUCAGCUUUUAGCGAUCACAGCGUCGACUUUUUCUCCACUGACGUUUUCUCGAGUGUGUACAGCAUGAAUGAGUCCCAUCCAGCUCGCUGUGUAAAUGAAUGUACAGUUUGCUAUGUUUUCAAUGUACAAAGGUACUGUAGGCUACCUCUCACUAAAUGUUGAACUGUAGUUGUAGCAAAGAGGCUACACCAUGGUGUGUGUCUUAAAAUUCCCUUCUGUCAUAGAGAUGAUUUAGAAGUGAUGCUGGAUUUUACAAUCCAAACAGAAAGGUUGAACGUUUGCUCAUAGCAAGUUUUAGAUUAUGUUGAAUUUAAUUUAUAGGCUGCACAUCUGAUACUGAAUUGGACAUAUGUAUCACAAUAUAUAAAUAUAUUUUUGUCAACUUUUCAGUAAGUUAUUUAUCUUGUUACUCGUCUCGACGCAAAACCCCGACAGUGGAACGACCCACACACACGCAGUAUUUCAUCUGUAUUUACUAGUCUUUAGGAGACUGUGAGUGUGUUUAUACACGCUACUGUAUCACUAUGGAUGAUUAGGAUGUCCUUGACCCAAGCGUGUGGAGAGCUUUGGUUUUAAGACACGGCUUCAGUUUUUCAAUAAUAUCAGGGAGACUGUUGCAGUUUGAAAAACUACCAAUACGUCUGCCGUCGUCGCGCCACCAUAAUCCAUGGAAGUGAAAAUUGUUAGUGUGCCACAGUCCGAAAUAAAUACAAUUGCCUUGAAUGCAUCAUGAUGUCCCUUUUAGGGGGAAAAAAAUCUUUUUUUGUGUAUUUGAUAUAAUUUUUUCCCAGUUUGGUUCUCAGAUCACCAACAGCUCAUGCAGACGAUCUAAUUCUAUAAUAUAUUUCAAGCACCUAACUAUUUUUUAUGAGGUGGAAACACUUGGAAAAAUUCUACUUUUCCAGAUUUCCAACGAAAGUAAAGAUUUUAAAUGAACCACUGAAGGGGUGUUUUUGUAUUUUGGGUGACUUGUUUUUUUUCUUUUGUAUGACUAAUGUGUGAUUAGAUCUUAUCUAUAAAAAAUAAACAUAUUAGGCUUAAUAUGAGCAUAAUCCAAACUGUUACCAAAUACAAUACUCUUAAAUGUGCUGCAGAAAUUGUGGUAACUGAUGGGAAAAAGCUCGACAAAAACAACAUUGCUGCCUGGUUUCAUGAACAGAGAAACGGAUAUUUUGCAGUGUGAAUGCAUGGGUGUUGAAUGUUAUCUGAACUAAUUGGAUGUGUUUGAUGUGAGUUACAGAUCGUUUCUACAUUAAAUUGAUGAAUUUGAGUUGUGUGUCGUGGGUGGGGGUAAAGAGGAGUCCAGAUUUUUUGUAUUGUGGAGAUUUGCAAUAAAAAAAAAUAAAGGAAAUUUAAAAAA